UGGGAACUAGCUGAGACUGGCUGAGCGCUCCCUACCAGCUACUUCCCUGUAAUUAAACCAAACUGCGCAACAAGCAGACUGGUCUGCCACUGUGAUUGAACAGGACCUGUAGAGGUGUCCAUCUCAAUUGCAGGAACGGAGCUGUGUAACCAAGAGUGGCCAGCAUGUCAGUGACUGUGACCAAAGGUGGAGGGGUGACUGUAUUUACUGUGAACUCUAAAGAAGGAAGCAGUUGGCCCCAGCUGUGUCAAAUACUUGGGACCUUGUGCUACAGCCCAUCAUGCGUUGUGUCCGAGGCACUGAGGAGGCUCCAAACAAGUUCCCAGACAGCUCUGGGGACUAUACAGAUCAUGGUGGGAGUUCUCAACAUUGGCUUGGGAAUGAUCCUUGUUAGCCCGGAUUAUUCUAAUAAUGGGGUUCCUUAUUGGCUUGGUGGUGUGUUUAUAGUCGUUGGCAUCAUGUGUAUAUUGGCUGAGAAGUUCCCCAGUCCCUGCUUGGUGGGUAUCAAUGUGUUGAUGAACCUGUCAGGUGCUGCUCUGGCCAUUACUGGAAUUGUGCUGUAUGCUAUAGACCUGGCAAACUACAAUUUCUGGUGGAUUUGCAAUGAUGACAACUACAACUGGCGAGAUGACUACUAUGGCGGCCAGGUGGCAAAACCACCCAGUGAUUCGGAGAGGGAUAGACUCUUGACGAAAUGCAAAGAUGCCAAGCAGAUUGCACAGAUGUUGAUGAAUGCCUUGGACAUCGUGCUCAUCGUCCUUGCAGUCCUUCAACUUUGUGUCACCAUAAGCUCUGCGGUGUUGGGUAUCAAGGCUUUGUACAAGAAUGGAAAGGAGGGAAAAGAGAACAUCCGGGACCUGGAGCAGUAUAAGCCUCUGCUGGAGGAGGUCACCACUAACCCUGCAGCUUAAAGAGCACUGAUCUGAUCUGAUAUACUUUAUUGACCACAUGGGGAAAUUUGUCAUGGACGAUUAAAGAGUGAUGCUGCUUCCACAUGGAAUACAUAAAUAAAUAGAAUUAAAUGUAUUCUACAUAAAUGGAUCAUCAUACACCCCCCCUCCACACCCCCCUCCACACCCACAUUUGUUGUUAUACAUACAGUAUGUAGUACAUAUAGUUAAUUUACUUAAUUUACUUCCUUACUUAAUUUACUGUAAUGCCUACUGUGACUUUGUUUUGUUUAAAUGAUAACUGACACUGAUUGUGUCUUCAUGACUUUUGUAUUGGUUGUUUUUCCAGAACUGAAAGGACAGUUAAAGGGGACUAUAUCAAGUUAAUUACUGAAUUGACUCUUGUAUAUGAUUUUUUUCCUUCUGCAUUUUGAUCAUUUCUUACUGUAUCUUUUAUUCUGUCCCCAGAGCCCCCCCCUUCAAAAAAAACAAACUGUUUUAGCUCAACAGUUUGAAAACCGUUUUACUUAACAUUGCCAUCUGGUGGCAGUCAUUCCCAUACAAACAUACACCAUUGGUUGCUCAUAGGUUUUCUUGGAGGUAAAUACAGUUAACUGCCAAAAUAAAGACAACACCAACAUAAAGUGUUGCAUUAUCUACUAAGUUAAUAUAUGGAAUUGUUUAAGAUGGUCAUCAAAUUGAUAAUUUAGCCACUUGAAUGAGGACCACAGUAGGUAUAUAAAAAAUAUAUAUAUAUAUAUUUGAUGAAACAUUGAAAUUGGCCUUUACUGCUAUAACACAUUUGUACAUGGCAAAACAGACAGUCCAACAAUACAUAAGGAAUAACGUUUUAAAGUGUCUGUCUUAUACACUGGCGUAACGCAGUUUCUCUGGACCAAGGUUGGAGUGGGCCCCCAAUCCCUAUUGUGGGGAGCCACUACAAACCACUGUCCAUGGUGCUGACAUUGGGACAUAUCUAUGCGGUUGCCGAUCGGAUCGAUGAUAGGGUUUCUGUGGUGCCAGGGCAUGUAGCUUAUAGCUUUGCUUCAGCAAACGGAUACAGUGGGGCAAAAAAGUAUUUUGUCAGCCACCAAUUGUGCAAGUUAAAGAUGACUUAAAGAUGAGAGAAGCCUGUAAUUUUCAUCAUAGGUACACUUCAACUAUGACAGACAAAAUGAGGAAAAAAAAUACAGAAAAUCACAUUGUAGGAUUUUUAAUUAAUUUAUUUGCAAAUUAUGGUGGAAAAUAAGUAUUUGGUCAAACUUUUGUUCUCAAUACUUUGUUAUAUACCCUUUGUUGGCAAUGACAGAGGUCAAACGUUUUCUGUAAGUCUUCACAAGCUUUUCACACACUGUUGCUGGUAUUUUGGCCCAUGCCUCCAUGCAUCUCCUCUAGAGCAGUGAUGUUUUGGGGCUGUUGCUGGUCAACACGGACUUUCAACUCCCUCCAAAGAUUUUCUAUGGGGUUGAGAUCUGGAGACUGGCUAGGCCACUCCAGGACCUUGAAAUGCUUCUUACGAAGCCACUCCUUCGUUGCCCGGGCGGUGUGUUUGGGAUCAUUGUCAUGCUGAAAGACCCAGCCACGUUUCAUCUUCAAUGCCCUUGCUGAUGGUAGGCUUUGUUACUUUGGUCCCAGCUCUCUGCAGGUCAUUCACUAGGUCCCCCCGUGUGGUUCUGGGAUUUUUGCUCACUGUUCUUGUGACCAUUUUGACCCCACGGGGUGAGAUCUUGCGUGGAGCCCCAGAUCGAGGGAGAUUAUCAGUGGUCUUGUAUGUCUUCCAUUUCCUAAUAAUUGCUCCCACAGUUGAUUUAUUCAAACCAAGCUGCUUACCUAUUGCAGAUUCAGUCUUCCCAGCCUGGUGCAGGUCUACAAUUUUGUUUCUGGUGUCCUUUGACAGCUCUUUGGUCUUGGCCAUAGUGGAGUUUGGAGUGUGACUGUUUGAGGUUGUGGACAGGUGUCUUUUAUACUGAUAACAAGUUCAAACAGGUGCCAUUAAUACAGGUAACGAGUGGAGGACAGAGGAGCCUCUUAAAGAAGAAGUUACAGGUCUGUGAGAGCCAGAAAUCUUGCUUGUUUGUAGGUGACCAAAUACUUAUUUUCCACCAUAAUUUGCAAAUAAAUUCAUUAAAAAUCCUACAAUGUGAUUUUCUGGAUUUUCUUUUCUCAUUUUGUCUGUCAUAGUGGAAGUGUACCUAUGAUGAUAUAACUUUUCAAGGAACGGUUUGCCUUCUUUAUUCUUCAGACACAAUUAUCUGGAGGGAUUAAAAUCAUAAAGUACCAGUCCCCAAAUGUGAAA